AUGGUAGCACACGAGACAGCAGCAGCCAGCCAGCAGCAUGACACCAUGGAUUGGUGGCUCGUUGACUCCGGCGCGUCGGCCCACAUCAUCAACGAGGACACUUUGAGCCGGGUGCACGUUGUGAGCCACAGUGAGUCUGCCAGUGAGUGUGUUUCUGCAACGGGUGACAGCAUUGGAGUUCGGAGGUCUGCGGUUGUCAGGGUUCCUUUCGUUUUGGUUUCGGGCGAGACGGUGGUAACAGAACUCCAAGUGCUUGUUGCUCCUGUGAAGUUUAACCUGCUGUCCUUAGGGCGUUUGCUGGGCAAGAGCUGGGUUGUGGAUUUCCUGCCAAGUUUUAAAGUUGAGGCCGCUGGGUACGUUCUUCGCACGAGAUGGGUCUCCAAUUGCGGAUGGGUUUUCUCGAGUGCUGUUGAGCUUGACCUUUCCGUUGCAGUUGCCGCCCGAGCGAGCUUGAAGCGUAGUGACGGCUGUGAGUCCUCCUCCGACUCGGAGCAGGAGUGGCGCCUUUCGGGUCGUCGCCACCUGGCGGAGCAGCACGCGGCGACUGUUACGAGGACUCACGAGGAUUUCGAGGGAUCCACGAUCGCCUUUACGGCAACCUCGAUGGUGGGUCUUACGCCGGGCCAGAACCUGCUUUUGGUGCCAGCCGCGGAAGUGAAGAAGAAGACGGCAGAGCAGGCAAAGGCAGCUGCGAAAGCAGCGGCGGAGAAGUUCGUGAAGGAACGCCAGGAGAGCGCCCAGUGGGCCAAGGAAGCAGAGGAAGCAAAGAAGAAGAGAGCCGCCAAGGCCGAGGCAAAGAAGAAAGCAGCCACAGAGGCCGAGGAGGCAGAGAAGAAAGCAGCCACAGAGGCCACGGAGGCAGAGAAGAAGGCAGCCACAGAGGCCGUGGAGGCGGAGAAGAAGGCAGCCACAGAGGCCAAGAAGAGGGUCGCCGAAGCGAUCGGGGUCCCAGAGGUCAAGAAGCCCAAGGGCAGUGUGGCCAGAGCAAAGGCGGAGCCGUCUUCGGGGUCAAAGGACCCACCACAGCCACUGGUGAAGAGGCAGCCCAAGCCGCCCGUGGUGAAGGCAAUGCCAGCCAAGGUCCGGAAGAUCGUCUUGAAGAGCCGGGCCCAGCGCGGGAUUCCCGGGCAGACGGAGACUGCGCUGAGAAUGCUUUCGCAGCGAGCCAAGGAAAAGAAGAAGCAGGGCUACCUCAUGAAGGCCAUCAACAACGCCAUGAAAAAGAAGGCCGAGGAGCACAAGGGGCCUCCGGUGCGGAGGACAUUGGAAAGACAUGUCAAGGACCACUUCGCGCAAAUCAAAGGCCUGGAAGUUCCUUUCGUGGAGGUCACGGUUUCAGAAGUCAUCAAGGAACCCCCAGGACCACCAGGAUCGCCAAUGGUACCGCAACCGAGAACGCCACCAGCACGAGCCAAGGUGGAGGCCGCGCGUGCAGUGAAGGUGCCACAGUUGAAGGUGGAAGGAGGCUUGGAGAUCAAUCCCCCACCACCGGUACCGCCGCGGAGGAGGCUUCCCACGCCACCGAGAGACCCGAGGUCAGCCGGACGGGGGGCCUCUGCGCCCUCAGAGUGGUCACCUGUGUCCAGUCUGCCGCCAUGGUCACCAGUGUCCAGUGUGCCGGUGGAUGCAAGGGAGUUGCACAUCGGGGACGACGGCAAGAUCUACAACUCGCGGGGCGAGGUGGUGGAGCUCGAGAGCAUCGAGAUAGACGCCCACCAUCCAGGAAUAUCCGAUGGUCCUUCUUCCUUGGGACUCUCGCUUCUGAUGCAAGAAAAGGUUGCGUUUGCAUGUGAGCAUGAUGUUGCCGUUGAGCUUGGUGAGCAUGCAUGUGUUGGUGGUUUGGGUGAGCAUGAUUUGCAGCAUGGUGAGUUGCUUGAGCAUGUUGGCCAGGACCGACCACAGCGUGACCGGAGCGAGGCCCAUGAUAGCCAGAGUGAAGCAUGGUUGCUUAGAGGGGAUCGGGAACUGUUGUUGCAGGAGAGUUGGGGUAAGCUAGAGCGAGAACAUGUUCUUAGAUCGCAUGUGCCGUACAAUGCGUCUUGCCCGCAGUGCGUGCAAGGUCGUGGGCUUGAACCCGCCAGAAGCCAGGAUCGGCCCCAGGACUCAGGGAUGAGAGAGGUGCAGAUAGAUAAGUUUUUCUACAAGGGCCUCGCCUUCCUGGUGUUGGUUUUGGUUGGUGCUUUUGCCCUCGGUGUGGUUCCGUAUCGUGAGGUGAGCGGAUCCCGAGGCCCAGCAGCCAAGGAAGCCAUGUUGAGUGACAUGUCGGCAUGGAGUCGUAGCGUUGGCUUGGUUGGUGUUGCUCCCAGUGAGUUGACGGUGAGUGUGAAGUCGGACAUUGAGGGUGUUGUGAAGAACCUUGCGCAAAGUUUUGCUGAUGGUUUGACCGCUGGUGCCAUCGAGGUUGUGGAUGCCCCUGUUGGUCGGCAUGCUGUUGUUGCAGAGCGUGCGGUUAGGACCAUCAAGGAAGGUGCAAACACACUGUGUGCUGGGUUGGAACAGGUCGGCUUGGAGCCCUGCGGGAAGGGUGUUACGUAUCUUUUGAUGCACGUUGCCCAGGUCUACAACCGGUACCAGGUGCAUCCUGGAUCAGCGCUGUCCCCAGAACAGCGGUGCUUGAAGACCACCCGUGGACCGCAUGCCGCCUAUGUUUGGGGUGCUGCUGUGCUUGCCACUCCUCCUCCCUCUUUGCGUGAUAAAAUCACCGGCCGUUACGGCCACGCCGCCUACCUUGGACCAGAGGUCGGAAGUGGAAGCCACAUUGUGCAGUUUAGGCUGCGGGAUGGCACUUUGAAGAUUGCGAGAAGCGCAAGAAUCCGGAUGUUGGUUCCUCUCACUUUUGAGGUGUCGAGCUUGAAAGGUGUUUGUCGCAUGUUGCCCGGAAGAAAGGAUGAUUCCCAGAAGAAGCUCCCCGAGAGCAGUGGUGACAAUGUGCGCGACCUCCCGUUGCCGAACACCGCAACCCGAGGACCACCACCAGAGUGGAUUGAAGAAAACGGGAGAACCCCAAGGUGCCGAGCUUGCCGGCUGCGCGGUUUUCCAGCAGAUAAGGCCUGGCACACCCAGAAGUGCCGUGAUCGAUACGCUGAGUUUGUGAGAAACUCUUUCGAUCCCAGCCGGGCAAUCCUCGAUCAGGCCCCAAUUGAAGAAGAAGUGGCCGGGCGUGAUGAUUUGGGUGCUGGAUUUGGUGUUGAUCUUGGGCUUGAGGUGCCGGAUGAUCUUGAUCCGUUCCCGAAUUUUCCGUUGGAUGAGGAUUUGGCUGAGUAUGAGCCCAGUCUGCCUGGAGUUGAAAAUGAAGUAGAGCUUGGAGAAGAACUCGAGCAGAUCGAGGCCCCGAGCCCAGGCGAGCUUGAUUUCAUGCAAGUUGAUCCUGAACCUCUUGAGGCACUCCCUGAAGAAGAGCGGGAGGCCAUGGUGUCCAGUGUAAUAUACCGAGAGUCCAUCUCCUUUGCUGGUGCGUCGGUUUGUUUUGCAGGAGCCGCCACCAAGGUUGACUUAAACUGGGUGAAUGUGCUUACUGUGAGUGAGCGUGAUGAUGGUGCCAGUGCACAGACCUUGCUUGAGCUCAAAGCCAUCUUUGCUGAGCAGAUCAAGAAGACGUUUAAGAUGUCUCUGGUCCCUUUCGCUGCCGAGCGUGCCAUGGUGUUUGGCCUGGUUGUGGAAGUACAAGAGAAGUCGGGCCAGAAGAUGGCUGUCUUUACUUCUGCUUACG